AUGAAAGCGAAUACAUCUACACCUAUUCAUAAUUCACCUGCGAAGUUUGUAGCAAAAUCUAAACCAAAAACUACACCCUACCCUCCAAAUCCCAAUCCAUUUGAAAUAAAGAAGCUUCCAUUAUCUCCUUCGACUAAAGAAUAUAUUGAUGCUGUUAAUCGGUUUCAAUCAACAAUGACAGCACAACUUUAUACAGAGAUUCUUCAUAUUGAACAUAUAUGGAACAAACGUUGGUAUGAACAAUAUAGGAUUCAUUACGGAGAGUUCCGUAAACGGUUGGGUAAAGAUACAGAAACAUGGUUGUUCCACGGGUGCUCUGAAAUUGCGGCAAACAGUAUUAUAAAAGAGUGUUUUAAUCGCAGUUAUGCUGGUAUACACGGUAGGUAUGCACUUGCAUUUUGA